AUGGCCCCAGGCAGCAUGCAGGCCUGGUGCAGGAGCACGGUGGAGGAUGAUGCUUCGGAGCGGGUGCUGUCGGAGGAGGACGUGGCAGCGGCUGUGGAUGCCUGGGCCUGCGGUGCCGCUGCGCUGCUCAAACCCUGGCGGCCUCUGGAACCUGUGUUGCCAGUGAAGGGCACGAGGAACGUGCUGAUCACCGGCACCCUGCCCUACGUCAGCAAUGUGGCCCACCUGGGCAACAUCAUCGGCUGCGUCCUCAGCGCCGACACCUUUGCCGGGCACUGCCGCCUGCGGAGCUGGAACGCGCCGUACGUGUGCGGCACUGAUGAGCACGGCACGGCCACCGAGACCAAGGUGGUGGAGGAGGGGCCGGCGCCACGGGAGAUCUGCGACAAAUUGCCACCGCCUCGCUCCUUUCUCUUGUCCCGCCGCAUUCUGCAGGACAUCUUCCAGCGCCUACAGGCCCGCGGCUUCGUGCUGCAGGACACGGUGCAGCAGCUGCACUGCGUCAGCUGGCAGCACUUCUUGGCUGACCGCUUCGUGGAGGGCACCUGCCCCUUCUGCACCUACCAGGAGGCGCGUGGCGACCAGGGUGACAAGGGUGGCAAGCUCAUCGACACCGUGGAGCUGAAGACGCCUCGCUGCAAGCUGUGCGGCAGGAGCCCCACACUGAAGCCCACCCGGCACCUCUUCCUCGACCCCCCCCAAGAUGGAGGAGCGGCUGCAGCCAUGGCUGGAGCACUGCUGGGCCACUGGGAACCGGACGGCCAACACCCGCUGCAUCACGCACUCCUGGAUCCAUGAUGGGCUGCAGCUGCGCUGCAUCACGUGGGACCUGCGGUGGAGCACACCCGGGCCUCUUGACGGCAUCUGCGACAAGGUGGGUACUUCCAUGACAAGGUGGAGACCGGCUGGGUGCUAAAAGCAAUUGGGGUUUGAGCAUCGCGUGCACUGUCUGUCACUGUGGGCAUCCCUCCAUCACUGUCACUCAUUUCUCUGGUAAUUAGAUUUCGG